AUGAAUUCUUUCAACACUAUCACCUCAGCAAUAGGCACAAGCCUUCUACUGUACACCUCAUAUAAACUCCUCAAUACCGCCCGGCUCUAUCUACGACCGUCAGGUCUCCAUCGAUACCGAUACACAGAUGUCACAGGCCAGCGCCCUUGGGCCUUGGUGACAGGCUCAAGUAGCGGGAUCGGGAAGAAUCUAGCCUUUGAGCUCGCCGAGCAUGGAUUCAACAUCGUUCUUCACGGUAGAAAUCCCAGCAAACUCGAGACUGUGCGGGACGAACUCCACCUUGCUCAUCCCGACACCAAGGUCCGGAUCAUAGUCGCGGAUGCUUCGCAAUGCCAUCGCCCCGACGCCGUAGACUUCGCGCACAUACGAGACGAAGUCGCUAGUCUGCAUCUUACUGUCCUGAUCAAUUGCGCCGGGGCUGGCCCCAACCCCGCCUUCGGCGGCCUCGAGAAAUACGGACCGCACACUAUCAUAGACUCACUGCAUCUGAACGCCGUGUUCCCGACGCUGCUCACAGCGACUUUGCUGCCUGUGCUACGAGGGCAGUACAGGGAUGGAAAACCCACAAGCAACGCGCCGACGCGGCCUCGCCCCGCGCUUAUCAUUAACAUUGGUUCGGUGACAGACGACGGGUUCCCGCUCGUCUCGUUCUACUCGGCGGGCAAAUCCGCUGUGCACACGCUGCACAAGGCUAUCGCGAGAGAAGCGGCGCUGGACGGCUGGGACGCCGACGUCGAGAUCAUUUCGCAUCGCGUCGGCGCCGUCACGGGCGUUUCACAUACACAGGCUGCGCCAUCGCUUUUACGACCUGAUGCGAGGACCAUUGCGAAAGCGAUUUUGGCGCGCACGGGGUGCGGGAGGAAAUCAGUCGUCCCGUACUGGCCACAUGCGGUAUUGCAAGUUGUGCUCGCGAUCCUGCCUGUAUGGCUUGUUGAUACGAUAAUCAAUGGGGCAAUGAGAGAGGAGAGGAGAGUGCAGGAUGAGACGGCGAAGAAUGAGUGA